GUCAGAUGGAGUGAAUGUCACUUGUCUCCUGUCACCCACUGGUCCCACUCUCUGCUGCUGGCUCCCACGGGCUCUGCUCUUUGCACUCCUUGCUGCUGCAGUGCUGGAGUCCUGCUCCCCAAUGCUCCCCACUGCUCCCCUCUGCUCCCCACUGCUCCCCACUGCUCCCCCCUGCCCCUGCUCUGCCCUGCUCUCUGGGGAGCCGUGGGCCUGCACAGGGCCGGGUCUGGCAGGGAUGGGACCGCGGGGGACACCGUGUGCCGCUUGCCCUUUCUUCCCAUCCCUGGUCACUGCCUCUGCCCGCAGCUGCAUGGGCUCUGCCUCACCCCCUAAAUAUAGACAGGGUGAGAGCCGGGGGGGUGUCCUGGCCCCAGCCCCUCCUCGCUGCUCUGAGGGGGCUGGCACUGGGCAGGGGUGUGGGAUCCGGGGGACCCCGGCCUCCCCCAGCCCGCAGAGGGGGCACACGCCCCUCCGCAUGACUGCCAGCCCUGCAGCCGCUGCAGCAGCCAGCCCCGGUGCCCCGAACGUCGGCUGCUCCUCCAAACGCAGACCAGCGGGUCCCGGACCGCGGUCGGUGCCCGGGCAUGGGCCGGUCCCGGGACGCCGGUCCGAGGGGUGGGCAGGAGCGGUGACUCAGUGUCACCCGACGCCGCCGACAGCUGCGGCCCCGGCGGGGCGGGGGCGGCUAAAAUUAGCGCCGGGGGCCGGGGCCGGGGCCGAAACAAAGCGGGCACCGGGAGGCCGGAGCGGAGCCGUGGGACAGAGCCGGGCCGGGCCGGGACCGCGGCCAUGAACUUCGCGGUGGGGCUGAAGCCGCUUCUGGCGGAGGCGCGAAGCAUGGAGAGCCUGGAGAAGCAGCUCAUCUGCCCCAUCUGCCUGGAGAUGUUCUCCAAGCCCGUGGUCAUCCUGCCCUGCCAGCACAACCUCUGCCGCAAGUGCGCCAACGACGUCUUCCAGGCCUCCAACCCGCUGUGGCAGUCGCGGGGCUCCAGCGCCGUCCCGUCGGGCGGGCGGUUCCGGUGCCCGUCGUGCCGGCACGAGGUGGUGCUGGACCGGCACGGCGUGUACGGGCUGCAGCGGAACCUGCUCGUGGAGAACAUCAUCGACAUCUACAAGCAGGAGUCGGCCCGACCCCUUCACGCCAAGGCUGAGCAGCACCUCAUGUGCGAGGAGCACGAGGACGAGCGCAUCAACAUCUACUGCCUGCGCUGCGAGGCGCCCACCUGCUCCCUGUGCAAGGUGUUCGGGGCGCACAAGGACUGCGAGGUGGCCCCGCUGCCGGCCGUCUACCAGCGCCAGAAGAGCGAGCUCAGCGACGGCAUCGCCAUGCUGGUGGCGGGGAACGAUCGGAUCCAGGCCAUCAUCACGCAGAUGGAGGAGAUCUGCCACACCAUCGAGGAGAACGGCCGGCGGCAGAAGCAGCACGUGGGGCUGCGCUUCGACGCGCUCUACGGCAUCCUGGAGGAGAGGAAGAAGGAGCUGCUGCAGAGCAUCGCCGCCGAGCAGGAGGCCAAGCUGCAGCGCGUCCGGGGGCUCAUCCACCAGUACGGAGACCACCUGGAGGCCUCCUCCAAGUUGGUGGAGUCUGCCAUCCAGGCCAUGGAGGAGCCCCAGAUGGCCCUGUACCUGCAGCACUCCAAGGAACUCCUGAAAAAGAUCACAGACAUGUCCAAGGCAUCAAUGAGCAGCCGCCCUGAGCCUGGCUAUGAGAAUAUGGACCACUUCUCCAUCAACGUGGACUACGUGGCUGAGAUGCUGAGGACCAUCGAGUUCCAGACAGAGCCACUGGGUGAGGAUGAGGGUGAUGGGCCUGGGGACGGCAGCGAGGCCGCAGUGGACGAGGACCAGCUGGACAGCCUGGAGGUGCCCGAAGCUGCAGAAGAUGUGGGGCCGAGGCAGAAGGCAGCGAGUUCCCCCCAUGGUCAGCACUGAGCUGAGGCCGUGGGGUAGUGCUGGCAUGCCCUCAGCUGUGGCUGUCCCUGUCACACCCGGAUUUGGCUGUCUCUGUCACCCCUGCCCUGCCUAGGGCCAUCCCUGGCACUCUCAGGCAAGCUCCAUCCCUGCUGCUGGAAUUCCCCGAACGAGCGCUGCCCCUCUACAACAUUAAAAGUGUGUGAGGACACGUUCUCCCGUGACGUGCGUGGCGGGGGUGGAGGCGGGGGUCGCCCCACAGGCUCUAGCCCAGCCCCAUCACCCGAGCAGCGCCCCAGGAGCUCAGGCCAGGGGCUCAGUGCCCCCGGAGCCCCCGCGCAGCUCCGGGCCCUGUGUGGGGCUCAGCCCCCGCCCCAGCCCCUGCAGGGCCGGGGAUGCUGCGGUCUCCCCGUCCUGCCGCCCCGUCCGGCGGCAGCAGCAGCGUCCGAGCGGGCACUGUCGGGCCGAGCCGGCUGGGUACACACACGGCGGCACCAGCGCCGGCGGGGCCGCGCCCCGGGCCCGGCAGGGUCUCCCGGGGCCCGCGGCUGCGUCACCGGCGGCUCCGGUCUCCAUGGAGGCGCGGCCGGUGAUGCGCACGGCGGCGGGCCCGGGCCCGGGCCGGUCCCCUGGGGCUGCGCCGGCCCCGCUCCGCUCCCUGCCCAGCCGGGGACGACAGGGGGGCCCUGAGGACCCCCGGCCGCGCUGGUCGGGGGCUGCGGCACGGCCCCGGAGCACGGGGGACACAUGGGACACCUCUGCUCUCCCGUGUCCCCGCGCUGUCACCCGAGCAGAGGGGAUGCGGCUGCCGGCGGACCAAGCCCAGUGCCCAGCCCUGCUGCUCCCUGCCCCACUGCUCCUUCACACACCAGAAACGUGCCUGGGAGCGCUUGGGUGAUGCCUGGGGACCAGGGGGGGGCUGUGGCUUCUCCGUGCCUGCACCAGACACUCGUGGAUGCAGCAUUUGCCUUCCCCCAACCCCCGGGGCUGUUCCCUUGUCACGUCACCCUCCAGAGGUGACUGAGAGGGGCUCAAGCACUCUGCAGCCCCUCAGCUGGGUGCCACGGGUGCCACCCCAGUGCCUCAGGAGAGCCCCACCUUAGUUCUCUUCUGUUGUGGGCAGUUCUCUUCCCUGUGCUCUGUGUCCAGACUCUCAUCACCUGCCACCGCCCCCCCAAACCUGCUCCUCUCGCAGCCCCCUGGAAUUUGCUGAUGCCUCUGCUUGCCCAGUUAAGUUGUACCCCCACCCUGAGACUCCAGCAAGAGGUGAUCUGUGCACAGAGCAGGGAUUCUGACACAGCCUGCUCCAGCUGCUGUUCAAGGGCUCUCAAAGGAGCAUCAUUACUUCUCUUUAUUCUUCUCCAUUACGGUGCUCCCAAAGGCCUUUUUCCCCACAAGGGGCACAAUGUUACCAUUCCUAAAGAAUGCCUUUUCACUUCCCCCACAAAGGCAGGGGGGCUGUCCAUUUACUCAUCACUUACCCAGCUGUGUGUCCCACCCGUGGAAUUCUGUCCAUUCUGUUGGGUUUGUGUCGGGUUUGGGUGGCCAGGUUUUGGUAGUAGAAACCUCUGACAGAAGCUUCCCCCUGUCCAAGAGAGCCAAAGGCAGCUGGCUCCUGGAUGAACCUGCAGCUGCUGGCCAGGGCAGAGUCCCUCAAGGCAGUAACACCUCAGGGAUGCUGUAUUUAAGGAGGAAAGAAAAGCCCCUUUGUAGAGGUAAUUGCAGCCAGAGGGGAACAAAUGUGAGAGCAACAGCCCCAGAGCUCAGGUCAGCACAGCAGGAAUGAAAGGACGUGCUCCAAGUGCUGGGGCAGGGAUUCCCCUGCAGCCUGCGGGUGCCCAGGGGCAGCAGAGCCCCUCCUGCAGCCUGGGGAGACCCACAGGGCAGCAGAGCCCCUCCUGCCGCCCUGGAGGAGCCCACUCCAGAGCAGGUGGGUGCCCAAAGGAGGCUGUGACCCCUUGGGGAGCCCAUGCUGGAGCAGGGUCCUGGCAGGGACCUUUGGGCCCAUGGGGAGAGGAGCCCGUGCUGGAGCAGGGUCCUGGCAGGGAUCUUUGGGCCCAUGGGGAGAGGAGCCCGUGCUGCAGCAGGGUCCUGGCAGGGACCUUUGGGCCUGUGGGGAGAGGAGCCCAUGCUGGAGCAGGUUUGCUGGCAGGGAUCUUUGGGCCCAUGGGGAGAGGAGCCCGUGCUGGAGCAGGGUCCUGGCAGGACCUGUGACCCUGUGGGGGACUCAGGCUGGAGCAGCUCCUGAGGGACUGUCCCCAUGGAAGGGUGACACACUGGAGCAGCUUGUGCAGAGCCACAGCCAGGGAGGACUCUGCUGGAGUCUGCAGAGGACUGGCUCCCAGGGCAAGGACUCCUCUCCCUGAGAAGGAAGCAGAGGCAGAAAUCACGUGGGGAACUGACUGCAACCCCCAUUCCUGUCUCACUGCACCACUGGAAGGGAAGAGGUGGAAAAUCAGGAAUAAAGCCAAGCCUGGGAUGGAGGGAGAGGUGAGGGGAAGGUGUUUUUAGACUUUGUCUUACUUCUUGUUAGCCUACUCUGAUUUGCUUGGUAAUAAAUUAAAAUAUUUUUCCCAAAUCAAGUCUGCUCUGCCCAUGACAGUAAUUGGUGAGCUUCCUCUGUCCUUGUCCUGAGCCA